AUGAGAUUUUCGUCCGGAGACCUUUCGGGGGAUCCGGACGAAAUCGAUGCCCAAACGGAUGCCAGUAAAGGCGCCGGAUAUGGCUACAAUCAGACCUGGAGCCCAGCCGUGGGCCAAGUUCAAGGACAAGUUCAAGGUCAAGUUCAAGGUCAAGGUCAGGGUCAGGGUCCGGGCCCCGUCCCACCAGGGCAUCAGGGUCCAACUCCCAAUGACCUUUCCUUCGGAUUUCGCCCUGGCUCUUCCAAGACAACUUCCGCUCCUACUUCUCCCACCAGGUCCAGCCCCCAGAGUUUCCUGCAGAAAGUGAGCAGCAUGACGACCGCGGCCAUCACCCGGGCCGACUCCCUCGCCCGGGGCCCCUCUUACAACAAGGAUCGAUGUCGGACGCUCCUCGUCGUCGACGAUCACAACACGGAAUGGUCGAAGUAUUUCCGAGGUGCCAAGCUGCCGGGGGACUACGACGUCCGGGUGGAGCAAGCGGAGUUCAAGGAGCUGUCGAUCACGGCCAGCAGCGAGGGGGGCGCUCUCGUCUCCAUGGCCGUCUGGCGGGGGGGCACCAAGGUCGUCAGAUCCUUCAAGCCCGACUUCGUUCUGCUGAGGCAGAACCUCCGCGACGCAGACGCCGAUCACCGGAGCAUCCUCCUGGGCCUGAAAUACGGGGAAGUCGGGAGCGUGAACAGCCUCGACUCCAUGUUCGCGUUCGCGGACAAGCCGUGGGUGUAUGCGCAUCUGCUGGCUCUUCGCCGACGGCUGAGCCGGGAUGCCUUCCCUCUCAUCGAUCAGACGUAUUUCCCCAAUCAUCGCGAGAUGGUGACGACGCAGAAAUUCCCCGUGGUGCUGAAAAUCGGCCAUGCGCACGGCGGCCUCGGCAAGGUGAAGGUGGACAACCAGAGCGACUUCCAGGACAUGGCCAGCGUGGUGGCCGUGUCCGGAACGUAUUGCACGGUCGAGGCUUACAUCGACGCGAAGUACGACGUCCACGUCCAGAAGAUCGGAAACUUCUACAAGGCUUUCAUAAGGAAAUCGAUCUCGGGGAGCUGGAAGACGAACCUGGGCAGCAGCUUGCUGGAGCAAGUCCCGGUCAAAGAGCAUUGGAAGAGCUGGGUCAACGCCGUGUCGUCGCUCUUUGGGGGGCUGGACAUCUGUGCCAUCGAGGCCAUCGUCUCCAAGGACGAGAAAGAGACCAUCAUAGAGGUGAACGAUUGCGCUUUGACGCUGUUGGGUGAUACACAGGAAGAGGAUAGGAGGCACAUCGCCGAGCUCGUGCUCUUCCGGAUGCAGGGCGCCGCCAAAGGACAGGGUAUCGACAGGAGGAGCUCCAUCGAGACGGCCAUUAGAUUCAUGAGAAAACUGCUUCGGCAGAACGAGAUGUUCCAUCAAUAUGUGCUCUGUACCUGGACGUACGGAUGCCACGCAGCACAGAGAGAGAUGACCGGUCUUCGUGUUGCAGGAUCUCAUACGAGCAGCGUGAGCACAGGAAGCAAGGAGACGGCAGCGGGACCGCGGGUCCCGCCUCGGCCUCCCGCGGACCGAGACCAAGCGGACCGCGUGCCCCCGGAGCUCCCCCCGCGGCAGUCGUCAGUGACAUCCGCCGAGGGCCCGCGGGGAUUCUUCACCCGGCAGACCUCUCAACAGGCCACGGCAGACGAGGACGACACGAUGAGGAACCUGCGCAAGACGUUUGCUGGGAUCUUCGGCGACAUGUAG